AUGCUGGGUACGUGUGACACCUGUGCCGUCUGCUGGUGCGGUGCUUCUGCCCCACAUGCUCGCAUCCUAGCCUUCUUUUCGAACUCGGAAGAUCCUGGUGGCACAUCAGAACAUUCUUUCUGUCUCAACUCAGGGCAGAAGGGCCAACGCCCAAGGGCGGCAUCAGCACUCCGCCCUCAGAAAGGGAUCUGUCCUUCGCGAUUGAUCCUGGCGCGUGCAGCCCAGAAACUGCAGUCGAUGCGUAUCCAGGCUCAGCCAAGCAAGUCAAGCGAUCUUGCCGAGGCACUGGGAGGCCCAAGCUUUCCGGCUGGCCCGCCUCUUGGCAGUGCGCCUUCGCACGAUCUGUCAGAAACUCGGGUGAAUCUUUUGCGCUUCGUAGAACCAUUGGUUGUCCGUCCAGGCGAAGGCAAGGAGCCGAAACUUGCCGGAGUUGCAGCAGAUCUUUUUAUGGUUAAGCACCUGGAGCUGCAGCUCGAGGACUGCGAGCAGCGCUGGCAGCGGCGCUUUGAGGAUGCGAAGCGCCAGGAGGACGCUGGGCAUGCGCGUAUGGAGUUGCAGUGCCGAUACCUGGAAGCUGAGCUCGACAGAUGCAAGGAAGUGCACGCCAGCGAGAUGCGACACUUUCAAGAGCAGAAGCGACUUCUGGUCCAAAGUGCAGCACCCAGAUUGUUCACGGCGAGAGCUGUGAAUGCUGCGCAGGCAGACAUCGACAAGGUGAAAGCCGACUGCCGACUGGAGAUGGAGGAGCAGAAGCGGAAGCACGAGCGUUCCGUUUCCAUCCUGAAGCAGCAGUCCGACGUCGAGGCCUUCCGAACGGAGCAUUGUGUGGGCGACGUGAUCGCUGUGAAGAGCAGGCAGAGUUUUAUCGGUGGCAACAGUGGCAACAUUAACUGCUGCCCACACAGGCAAACGCGUGGAUUCCGACAAGACUUUGGAGUGGUCAUGCUGCCGUCGGUUCGCGAGAGGCAGUUGGAGGCAAGAGAGAAGAACGCGCGUGAGUUGGAGGCGCAGCUCUCUCGCCAGGGCAAGGAGGUAGAGGAGCAGCGAAGAAGACUGUCUGAGAUGGUGACGAACUUGAGGUCUUCUCAGGAAGACGAUAGUACCGCCAUCGCUGCUGACCGCGAGCGGCUUCAGGCGGAGCAUCAACGUCUGCUGGAUCUGCAGCAAAGUGUGCGUGAUGCUGACCGAAACAACAAGGAGGCGAUGAAGCACGCUUGGGCCCAGGUGGAAGAGGAGCGGAGGACUUUGCAGGAGCAGCAGCUCCGCUUGGACAGUGAGCCUCUGCCUAAGACGACUGCAAGGCCCCAGAACGGGCCCCACAACUCUGAAGAGCAGCGGUCACCGGAUCCGAGGCUGAACGCGAGAAGAGAGGAGCUGGACGUGCAGGCCGCGGGAUGUGCAGCUGGGUGGGAUCCACCCCUGAGUGUCUUGAGCAAGGAGCAUCGGCUGAAAGCCGAGACGGAGAGGCUGAAGUCCUUGCACCAGCAGAUCGAGGCACGGCGCGAGUGCAGCAGUGCCUGCGCACGCGUGUGCCGCGGCUCUCGGGCUAGACUUUGCUCCGAGGUGGCGCGGCAGAGCGCUGCGCGCCGGAUCCGGGACACGGAGUCCACGGUGGCCAACGAGCGCAGCCGCCUCGGCGGCCUGGUCUUUUUGCUUUCCUCGCGCGCGAGUGGGCGGCUGGCGGCAGAAGAUCACCUGCAUUUCUGUAGCCCAGAAAAGGCCCUUUGCCUCCGUCCGCUGCUCGAGGUGUUUUCCUGUCCGCAGCUUCUGCGCACUGCCUUGGUGCAUGUGACGAUGGGGCUUGGGCAAUCUAGUGCUUUUGCACCUGAUGCAUCUGGCACGCUUCUGGCUGAUGGAAGCCGAUGGGGUGUCUUCGAUCUCCAAAAGGUUGCUUACGUCGGUGACAUCGAUAGGGUGCUGAUGGCUCGCUCUGUCGACAUCGUCGCAUCUGGUUUCCGGUGGACGGAAGGACCGACAUGGCUGCCUUCUCAAGGUGCCUUGCUAUUCUCCGACACCAUUGACGCACGUGUCUACCGCUGGACUCCACACGGUGUCAGUGUUUGGAUGGAGCAGUCCGGAGGCUUCGAUGGCCAGAAUGUAUGCGACCACGAGCUUCUAUUCGAGCCCGGCAGCAAUGGCAUGGCCCUGCAGGGAGACGCUCUGUUUCUGUGCCAGCAUGCGACACGCCGUGUUGUCAAAGUGGGCAUCCCCAACGUCGUGCCUGGAGCAAAGUUCUGUGAGACCAACUUCACGGUUGUGGCAGAUGCUUUCCGUGGGACCAGAUUGAACUCGCCAAACGACGUCAUCGUGGGGCCCGAUGGGAAGAGCGUCUGGUUCACGGAUCCCAUCUACGGUUUCCUCCGCAAGGCAUCCGAGUCCUUCGGCCCAAGGCUUCCCCUGGAUGGCCUCGAGAGCGACAAUCACAAUCCCUGUGACCUGCCGUACCUUGACGACUGCGCAGAAGCCCAGGGCCCGAACCACAAGGGUGUGUACCGCUGGAAAGAUGGAGAGAUCCAGCUUGUGACAGACAUCCUGGACCGUCCGAAUGGUCUGGCUUUCUCGCCUGACGGCGAGCUCUUGUGGGUCGCAAACAGCAACAAAAAGACCGCAAGCUGGACGGCCUUUGAAGUAAGCGACGAUUUACCGCUCAAGCCGGUCAUGGUCUUGAGCGAAGGUACAAAUGAGCAGUCUGGCCACGACUCUGUCUCGACCCCGGUUUACUAUUUAGGGGAGAUGCCUGGAAAAGGCGUCUCCGAUGGCUUCAAGAUUGACGACCAGGGGCUGAUCUGGUCCUCAAUGCCCGCUGGCCUCUGCAUCCUGGAUCCUAAGCCACCGAAGCCCCAUGUUGUCGCAAAGGUGAUCUUCCACACCAACGUAUCGAACCUGACCUUCGGAGAUGGCACCUCGGCUUUUGUCUCCUCGUUGGGCCGGGUGAGUGCCCGCCUGCCCGCGUACAGGGAGAAAGAGGAGGAGGAGGAGGUGAGAUUGUGGCAAGACAUGAUUGAGUACUGGGAGGAAGUCUUGCAGUUGCAGGGCUUGCAAAGUGUGCUGACCGUGGAGCUUCAGAGGCUUGUUGGUCCUUGUUGGUGCAAAGACCGCACGGCAACCAUCUACUUCUGCAAAGGACGUUGCCUCAUGAACGACUUGGAGGUCUUCGAGGCGCUGAAGCUGGAAACAGACCGCAAAACCUUCCAAGAGGAGAAGGAACAGUUGGAGAGCGACCUCCAAAGCAUGGGCCUGAUGGCCCACGAGGUUGAAAGGCGUUCCGAGGAGAUUCGGGCGCUGCAUGACCAAGCAGCAGAGGCCAGAGCAGAGCUGCAACUUCUUCGUGGCCAGCUGCAGGAAGAACGAACGGCUCAAGGCUCCGAGAUGGAGCGCCUCAAAACCAUGCAUUCCUUGGUUGAGCAGCAGCGGCUGCAGUUGCUCCAGACCGAAAAUCAGCUGCGCUUGCGUGGUAUCGAGGAUGUGGACCUACAGCUCACGGCACAGGCGGCUUCGACGCAUCUUGUGCCACGUGUCGGCGAGUGA